AUGACAAAGCUUAGCCUUUUCGUGUGGUCAAUAGUUUGUGUGGUGGCUGUGGCCUCUGGUCAAAGUGCCGUUGUGGAGUCUACGUAUAAUUUAUACCAACCUGAGCAGCAUAACUGGGAUUUGCUGGCAGUGAGUGCGUAUUGCGCCACUUGGGAUGCAGACCAGCCUCUCUCAUGGCGAAGCAAAUAUGGAUGGACAGCCUUCUGUGGACCUGCAGGACCUCAAGGACAAGAUUCUUGUGGCAAGUGCUUGAGGGUGACAAACACUCGAACAGGAGAUGAGCAAAUAGCUAGAAUUGUGGAUCAAUGCCAAAACGGGGGUCUGGACUUGGACGUUAGCGUGUUCCAAAGGCUUGACUCCGACGGAAAUGGGAAUGCUCAAGGCCAUCUUACUGUUCACUACGAAUUUGUCGACUGUGGUGACUAAACAUGUCUUUCUAUAAU